AGUAUUAUUGGUGCUCUUCAGAUUAUACAAGUUGACUCGUAUAUCGUUACCUGUUAAGCAUGACGGGUGUAGUGGCAGAAAAGGUGGUUGUCGGUACAAAUGAGACUUUUAACGGAAAUACCCCAAGUUUGAGUGUGACGGAGCCUUCUGAAGCAAGUCCCAGUGUAGUAGAUAGAGACUUGUUAGACCCCUGUUUACCUGAGAAACCCAAGCUUAGUGAUACGACUAUCAGCAUCACCACAUCAGGGGCCAACAGUGACACAGACGCCGAUCCCACAAGCAGUGCCCCGGGUAUAUCGAAAGACACACCACGAUUGAAAAGCGCACGUCGCAACGAAGCCUCAAGGCAAUUGGCAAAGGAGAUACGCGUACAGUUUGACAAUCAAAACAAUAUAAAGUACCCUGAACGCAGUACUGGGUCUAAACCAGCAGAGAUAGGGCGAAGCGGGCACGAGCGUAACAAUAACAUCAACCCCCCACGUGUGAACAACUACAAGCGUGCCGCUAAUGCUGGGGAACCGGAGCGGAGGCAGUCGUCUGGGACUAUGGAUAGCUUGUUAGAUAGUGCGGUCAAUUGGUUGGCUAAGUUUAGCCUUGGAACUAAGGACACUUCCGCGUCACCCCGUGGUUCGGGUGCGAAAGAUGGGCUCAAAACAGCCGAGGAAUUGGAGAUGCGCAACUAUGUGGAGUUCCACUGUUGGCAGGGCGAAGCGGUCAGGCCGGUGAAUUCGCCGGUUACAGCGUACAAGCAAACCGCAGACGAGUAUAGGCUGGUAAGCCCGGAUUAUAAUAAGACUCGUAUGGUACUAAAGUUGUACUACACGUUUAUGUCUUUACACUACGAAGAGAUCCAUGAUUGUCCUGAGGAUCUGAUACAUCCGUUCUGCGACUGUUUUUGCCAUGACCGCGCUGGCGAGCGCUCGAAUUGUCUGUGCGAUCAAGAUCUCGAGUACAAUGAGAUUGUCAGCAUACAUCGCCGAAAAGUAGACCCCCUUUAUCCAGUGGAGAACAAGCAACAGGACGAUGAAGCCUACAUUGAGAUGGUGUUCAAGGAGGAACCUCGGAGCUUUGUUCUACGGUGCGAGACGUCGUCCAAGCUUCGUGACGAAGUGUUGAAACGCGCAAAGGCUUCGCGUAAUCGUUUUAAGAUCAAUCCACCGGGCGUGUAUGGGAACUAUUAGACUGGAAAUAUUCGAAUCUGCCUUGCGUCUGUAGUUUGCGCGAACAAAGUAAAAUACAACAUAAAUUUAGAAGGCGUUGGAUGAGCGUCAACGAGAAGGUGCUGUAGUGUUGUUGCGCUUUCACCAUCAACAGAGUACUCUUCGAAGGGCAAAGUAUCGUCUUGUAUAGACAGGUAUGUACCUAUUCAUUGUGCUGAUUAUAUACACAGUUGAGUAUUCAGGCAAGUGAUGUUAGCCUGAUUACGCCGCUUGCUGAUGGGUGAUUGCUCAAAGUGCCUUAAAUGAACGAAGUAAUCUCAGUCGAGCGCCUCAGUAUAGCUAAAUCGAGGCACUGUACCAAUACGGGCGCGUGACGAAUUAUCCAAAUGACUGCGCACAUGGUCCCACCAAUAUUAGGUGCGGAUGACAUAGAAGAAAAAUAGCACUCUACAAUAAUUGCACAACGGUGGAGUGAUCAAUGGCCUGCAUUUCUGGAAUGAUACUGGCUGUGGAGAUAAAAUUGGAGUGAAAGUGAAAGGCCGACGAUAUGGUCAUGCAGGAUGAUAAGUUCUUACAUUCCAAAUAGAGUUUCUGGUAUCGUUCUGGAUAAUUACUAUAAGGUCACAGUCCAAGUUGGUG